AUGGACUGCCUUAAGAACACGAUAUAUAAGAACACGAUAUAUAACCGCGGAGCCCGGGAUAUGACAAACUCCGUGACUAUGAAGGACAGGAACCGGCUGUCUGAGCAGAUCGUGGAUCUCGCCCUGGGGAUCAUCUCCCUGUUGAUCGGAAAGGAGUAUGCAAUUGUGGAGAAGCCUAGUGAGCCGAGCACAAACCCUGGCAGGCCCUGUGAGUCAGAAGGAUCCUGUAGGGCCCAGAUCCCCGGCACGGAUCCUCCACCUAAAUAUUUGAUAUACGAGAAACAGAAUGAGCAGAAGAUCCUGGAGCUGACCAACAAGAUCAUCCAGCUGCUGACCGGAGAGGUUCCGAUGCGAUGUGAAGAUGUCACGGUCCAUUUCUCCACGGAGGAGUGGGAGUAUGUAGAAGGGCACACAGAUCUUUACACGGAUGUAGUGAUGGAGAAACAGCAGACCCUCGACACGCCAGGUGGAUGCGCAGAAAGAUCCCACGCCGUCGCGUGUAAACCAGACUCGAAUGAAGACAAGAAGGACAUCGCAAGUGAUGAUGGUCCAAAGAAC